ACAUCUCUGAUCCACGGGAAACAUUACAUCGACAAGAACACAGGCAAGCGCGAAUACGGCGGUCCAAAUCUCAAGACGCUUGCCAAGCAGAAGGGUAAGGAGUGGUACUCUUACAUGUACACCAAUGUGAAUGAGGACAUGAUUGUCUGGGAGGGUACAUUUGCCGAUAUCCAUGCAAGUCCAGACACUGUUUCCUCGGCGGAUGGUUACUCUCUUGGCAGCAGCUACAGCUUCAUGGACAAAGAGAAGACCACAAUUUCCGUACCUGGAUCUCCCCCAGUGUUCAAAAGACCAAGGGCAGAAGAUUUCCCACUUCGUGUCGCGCCUGAUACUGGCUAUCAUUUCAUGGACGAGCACGCGGAACGUGCUCCAAUAUACCAGUACGAACCUGCUUUCCAAGCCAUGGCUCUGAUGAGCCCUGAUACCCGCUUGAACGACGUAGAUAUUGUGAUUAACCGCACCACAAUACUUAACCUGAUCAAGUUCCUGAAGGGUACAUCCUUCCAAGAGUUUCAUCUCCAUCUUGACUUCGAAAAGAAUACCCUCUUCAUCGGUAGACAAGUGCGCAACGCGAAGGUUAGAUCUACGCCUAACUCAUACGGUCGGAACUUUGAGGCUGCACUUACCGGAUCCGAGAUCGAUGGCGCGACGACUCAUCACCGAAUGCUAAAGUACAAAUUUGGCUCUCUAACUUUAGUCGUACGUCAUGAGGUCGACGCGUACGAUCCGACUAUUGUAACGCCACGGGACCCUGAUGUGCUGCCGACUGUCCACCCCAGCUUUGAUCCAGGCGACUACAACGCCGAGAACAUUCAAUGCGAUGAAUCGCAGGGUACGAUAGUCAUUCCUCAAGGCAAAGUUGUUCCACAGCACCAGAUCUUGGAGCUAAAAAGCAAUGCUAGCUCUCGGCCCCUCGAUCAAAUG